UUGCGGUGGAAACUCACAUUCUUUCUCCCUACUUAUUACUGCCUACCUAUGUGGCCACCCGGUUAAAAUUCAUAUUCAGUGCACAUGUCCGCGUGCUGGUUUGCAGGAAAAAAUGGCGAGGGGUAUAAAUGUAAUUUGGCCUCUUGUACUCAUCAUCCUCGUAUCGAGCUCGUGCCGGAGAGCGACCAGUUUCACUCAGGCAAUUUCUAAAACAGAAGGGGGAGCUUCGAUGCACGGAGGACGUAGCAGGAAGAGGCCGACUUUAGAAUUGAAAGGCGGACGAGAUGAUGUGGCCUGGGUGGUUCAGCUCUCUGAUCUCCACUUUAGCGUACAUUAUCCCGAAAGAGCUCAUGACUUCAAGGCCAUCGUAGGCCCUACUCUCGCCAUGGUCAACCCUUCCUUGGUCUUUAUCACUGGUGACCUGACUGAUGGGAAAAGCAAAGAUUUAUUAACAAUGAAGCAGGAUGAAGCAGAGUGGGUAGAAUAUCAGAAAGUAAUGGACGAUGUCAUUGAAAGAAGUGGGCUAAAGAGGAGCAAUUUCUAUGAUCUCAGAGGAAACCAUGAUAGUUUCGGUGUACCAAACAUUGGGGGUUCAUUUGAUUUUUACUCUAAAUAUAGCAUCAAUGGGCAGCUAGGAAGAGGAGGACCAGUUAACAGUGUCUCACUGGAGACUGGCGGGCACAAUCUACUUUUUGUCGAGUUCGACAGCUCCACAUCUUUAGGAUUACGGGGUCCAACAAAUUUGUUUGGCCAUCCAAAUGACCAAUUGCUAACCGAUAUAAGCUCUGAGCUUUCACAAAUUGAUCCUCUACCUAGAAAACCUGUCAUUAAAAUUUCUCUCGGCCACUUUCCACUCUCCUUUUCUGCAGCGGCUUCUUCCGGAAGGACUCUAAAGGACAUAUUUCUGACGCACUCCUUGUCAGCUUACUUGUGUGGGCAUCUCCAUACAAGGUUCGGAGAUAAUUUGAAGCGGCAUCAUGAAUCAAAUCACCAACAAUUCUUUCAGUUGAAUGGACAAGGGUUACCUGUUGAAACACCUAAUGAGUUUUCUCUCAAGGGAAGAGAUGAAUUUUGGGAGUGGGAAGUAGGUGAUUGGAGGAAGAGUAGAGCUAUGCGCAUUUUGGCCAUUGAUAGAGGUUGGAUUUCAUUUGUAGACGUUGACUUCAGAUCCGGGGCAAAGAAAACAAUCAUAUUGCCUACAUUUCCCCUUGAUUCUCGCUUUAUCUUUGACAAGCAGUUUCAGAGGAAUGAAUCUCUGUAUGUGGACCCUCUACUUUAUAGUGAAAUCAGAGUUCUCUUGUUUUCCUCUUCUCCAAUUGUAUCUGUUGUAGCCAGGAUUUAUGACUCGAGGUCUGGUAAUCUCAUUGUUGUAUUUGAGUCUCCUAUGAAGAAAACUGGGAAUGCCCUAUCCAGGGGAGACCUGUAUACUUGUCCAUGGAACUUUAAAGCCUUUGAAGAUCCAUCUCCUGAGCGAUUCUUGUUGAAAAUUGAAGCGCUUGAUUUUAGUGGCCACUCAACAUUGACUGAACUACGGCCUUUUUCCAUUAGUGGUCGGCGAGCAAAGCUCGGAUGGAGUUGGAAAGAGUUUUUCGUUAUGGGUUGUCAAUGGGAUGCUUUAUAUUACCCCAUCUUGUGGUCCUUUUACUUUUUUUCCCUAUCCAUUCUUCUGAUUCCAAAAGCUGCCUUAGUAUUUUUCAGAAAACAAUAUACAUAUAAAAAACUGAUCACCAACAGAGGAUUAUUAAACUACACAACCCGGAUUCUUGUGGACAUAUACAGUGUUCCUCGGCUGUGGUAUUGCAUGGUCAGUUACUUGUUUUACCUCAUAUUAUGUCCUUGGCUUUGUGGCCAAGUUCUCAUGGAAGGAGAAAGAGGAUACAUGACAUAUCGAGGUUGGAUAUUGAGAUCCAAUCCAAAUGAAAAGCCAAGCGUUUUUGGGUUUCCAGAUGUAAUGGUGGUUGUGCUUCCACAUCUUUGUUUUGUUGUUUUGCCUGCAAUCUUGGUGAUGGUAGCAUUUUUGGUUGAAAGAGGAUUAUACCAAGAUUCUCUUCGGUCACUUUCUGGAAAAAAAGAUGAUUCUGAUGUGAAGAGUAAUGAGAUAUCUUCAUCUACAUGUGGAAGAGGUGACUAUAGACUCGUACUUCUCCGUGUGCGGUCGAUUAGGAAGAUAGUACUGAUUAUAAGUCUGGCAAUAUGUUGGAAUCAUUUUCUGAAUUGCAGAGAUCUUUGUAAAGCGUAUGACAUGAAUCCAUUUAUCCAUUUCCCAAUUUAUAGCAUGUCGGUACCUCUUCUGUUGGCUUACACCAUCUACAGAACUAGCAGAAUUUGAGCGGAAAGUCGUGUAAUUAAGAGCCAACUUAUUCGCCAAAGGUGUAACUUUCAAUUUCGCGCGGUGAAAUGUGUAGUAAUCAAGACAACUAAGAAACCACACCACACCCUUCCGUACCAAUAUUAGGGGGACGGAGGGAGUAUCAAAUAAAUGUCGCAUCUUCAUAGGGAUUCGCUUAACUCGUCUAUUGGAUUUGUGAUGAUGGAGCUCUCAAUCGAGGUCUAUGGUGGAUUUCGCAAUUGACGGGGACGAAAGGGCAUCUCAACCCUAGAUUUGACUCAUGUUUCUCCUUUUCUUCUUUUUCUUAUGGAGUAUACACGUUGUUUUAUUGAUGAGUAUACGCAGAUAAAAAGUUGAGCACAGUAGAGAUUUAAAUGAGCUUUUUUGAAUUGUCCGAUGCUCAUUUCGCAAUUUGUUUAUGCUCAUUUGGUAUUGCUGUAAACUAAUUUUAAAAUGACAUAUUCAUGUAUAUUUCAAAAGUAUAAUAUUACAUCUAAUUUAUAUAUUAGACUCAUACGGAUUCAAAUUUAAUGCCCAAAACCAAUGAGCAUACACAAAUGCGCUUUUGAUUUUUUUAUACUCAUUUUGUAAAUUAUGGAUGCUCAUUUGGUACUGCUUUUAGACUCAUUUUAAAA